CAACGAUUGGUAGGCCUUAAGGCGGCCGAGUUGGGAGCCAAUGCAGUUGUGGGGUACCAGCAAGACUUCGAUCUGGAGGGAGAAGCAGGAGUCGUCGCCAGAGCAUCGGUACAGCAGUCAGCAUAUCCGCGUCGCCAAUGGCCAACCAACCUCCCAGCGUACCGCCGUGCUCGCAACAACAACUCAAUAAGUACUUGGACAUUUUAGCGACCGAAAAUGAAAGUACGACCGAUCUGAACGAAUACUUCCAAACGCAUCAAGACGAACUACAGAAAUUACUGUACAUACUCAACCCGAAAACGUCCUCAAUGCUUGACGAAACUGAGAAUAUAGAAGACGAUGAGAAUGAGAAAAGUUUCGAAUUGUCCAGACAAACCAGCAUCAAAAGUUACACAGGAAAUUACUCUAUUUACCAAAGCGAAUAUGGCCCUCAUGACAGCUUGAGACAUUUGUCCGAGGAUCAGACAGAUUUGAACAGGCUUCUGAACCGCAAUGAUGAUUACAAUGAGUGUACGGGGCCCUUUAAAAAGAUAAAACAAUUAAAAACCAAUAUCUUUAGACUCGGCAGUAUGAAAUCACGGAAAUCUGAUCGUGAUCAAGCCGAUGAUACAAUAUCUAUAAAGUCGAAUGUUUCCGAUACGUCAAAAAUGUCUUUAUCCGAUAUAAAAAACGAGUUCAAGAAAUUAAAAAGAUUGAAAACGCCUAAAUUACGGAAAACUUUUGCUAAUAAAUCAGACGAAGGUAUUGGCAUGGCCUCGGUGCUCGCUAGAUCAGUUAUUCACGCUCAUACUAGCCUCGCGCGGAUAUCUGAAACUCAAGACUCUGACGCUUCCCCGAGCUCGACUCUAAGACGAACCAGUGAAUCAGAGCCGACUAUCAAUGUGUCCGAUGAAGAAAAAGCUAACAGAGAUUCAGAAUCGUAUGAUAAUAAAUCUCUUGGUAGCGAGAAGAUGAAAUUGCCGGCUAUAAAGUUUUCAUCUAUGAAGAACGUCUCUACUGACGAAGAAGCAGAGCCAACUGAGGGUCGCCAGCGAAAAUUAUCUGAAUCUUGCCCGUCCACACCGGUGGUUCCCAGAAAAAAUCUUCUUAGGCUUCCCGGAGACGCCGGCUAUUUUGGCUCAGUUUCGUCUGCCUUGUCUGCAGAUAGUUCAGAAGCAUAUUCUAGUUCAGAAGAAGAUGACGAGAGUUCCAUCAAAACUGAUACUGAAAAAACAUAUGAAACUACAAGUUCGGUAGUGAAAUCGGUUCUAAACAAUGACAUAGAUCCAGCUUUUAUAGCACAAAUGGGUAAAAAGCUAAGUGUGCUCGAAUGUAAUACUCUCGAUGUUCACGAUGACAAUGAAGCCCAUGAGCAAGUCCAUGAAGGUGACACUAGUACAAAAGAAUCAUCUCAAGAGACCGGAGACACAGAUGAUUAUGAAGAUCGUGACAGCAACGAUAAGAAAACAGACAUCACGACUCCGGGACCUAACUUGCCACAAGCAUCAACCAGUGUUGAAGACGCUCACACGUUUGUAGAACCGAAAUCUCAUAGUCUACAUUUCAAAUUUCACAAUCCAUUCUCACAUAAAAAACUAUCACAGAGCAUCAGCGCCCCAUCAUCUCCCGUAGAGAAGAAAAGUUUUGUAUACCGCUCGUCAUCCAAGAUCAAACGACAGCUCUCGAAAAUAUCCAAAAGCAGCAUGAUCAAAAGCCUGUCUCAUUAUUCCUUGUUGCCGAAAAGAAAACACAGCGACCCGAAACCUGCUUUGAGCCAACCCGGAUCAGAUUCAGACGUCCUUUCUAAAGCACCCAGCGAAACCGUACUAGGAUCCGCCUUUCUGUCAUAUUCUGAUUUACUUAGUCUUGACAAGGAAGGUAUCGGUACUAACAAUCGCCUUCAUAGAAGUGAUGAAUUCACGCAUUCAAAGGUCUCGAUGUAUAUAGGUUCUGAACCUGUUUCCAGGACUUCCGUGAGCGGUCCCUCUUCUCCUAAUCAUGGAAAAGAUGAUUACCAUCCACAUGAGCACAAAUCUUACAAGAAAAGACCAAGCAUUAAUCCAAGUGGUUUGAUUGCUACUGCAAUGGAGACGAUUUUAAUUGAUAAAGUGCAAAAUCUGCUAGUACCGACGUCUCCUAGCCCCGCGCCACAGCACGAACAAAAGUUCUUUGAUGACGUCAACGAAAAAUUAGAGAAAGUAGAAGAAGCUAGAAAUAAAAAGGACUUGGAAAAUGAAAACAUAAAGGCAACUGAUACUACAUCAAAAGACAAAGAACGUGAGAAAGAUACACAGGGAAAUACACCUCAAACUAUUUCUGACGGUAAUAACGUUUCAAGUGAUUCGAAGUCUAAGCAGCAAGAAAUGUCUGCAGACAACUCAAAUAAAGCUAUCACACAUUCUGAAUCGGAAAGCGUUGAAUCGGGUGACACAAAUCAUAAGAAACUAGUCAGGCAGGAUAGUGUACGUUCAAACGAGUCGCAUAAAAUGUCCAACGAAACCGACUUUAACCUCGUCUCAUCCGUCCCACCCGCGCCUAUGUUGCAACACUUUCAUCCGGUCCUUAGCGGCGUGUCCAAGUUAGCGACCAUACCCUCAUUGCCAGAGACUAGUAUAGACCAAACCGAGAGUAUAGACACCGACGGUACAUGUCUAUGUAAUGAUAAGUGUGAGUGUAGCGACACUAACCAGGCUAGUGUGUGUGAUAACUCGCAUGCAGCGUGGGAUGUUGACAGGGACAGGGAGCGGGAGCGAGAGAAGAUCGCGGAGAAAGGUUCGCCGAGGCACGCUCGGCACGAGUCGUACGGCAAUCGGGACGGGAUCGGCUCGGCACAGGCGCACGCGCCCAACUCGUCGCUGGAGGCCGCGUCCACGCCUCAAGGGAUCCAUCGUCGGUCGUCGGAUUCUGACCUUAGUGUUACUCCAAAAGGUGGUUCACUAAACGCGUCAGUCGGCAACACUGGCAGCGGCGGAGGCGCCAUUUUGCGACCCUCGAUGAACAGCAAUAAUCUCGAGAUGCUCGAGUACCCUUUCCUCACUAUGUCGGAGUAUCCACCGGGCUUCAUUGUGCACAUCGGUGGCACAGUUUGCGCUCGCUCAGUAAAGUUGAUGGAUGGCGGUGGCGAGAGCAGCUCCCGAGCAGCUUGGUGGGCCGAGCUGCGCACUGAACUACGCGCGCACGCGAGAGCGCUCCGUUGCAACGCUGUUAUAGCCUACACAGAGACGGCAGCUAUAUGCGAGGACGUAUGUGUGUUAUCGGCGUCGGGCACGGCGGCGGUGAUCGACCUGGAGUGCGGCUGGGAACGCCGCGAGGAAGACUCGUGCUCGCUCGCACACGUGCCCUACUCGCCGGGCGCCGGGCCCUACCGCGCCGAGCUCUCCGUGUGCCAGGGCUGCAGACGCGCCCGCGUGCCCGCAGUGUUGCUCGCAACGUGCGCGAAACCAGCCAGCCUGGCGGCGUACAGCGCGGCCGUGCCGCUCACGGCCGUGGCCGCGCGCGCGCGCCGCGCGCCGCCGCAGGCCGAGCCCGGCGCGCGCGACAUCUCCGACCAGCUGCCCUUCCUCGAGUACGAGCUGCACAAGCUGCUGCUGGCCAAGCUGCGCAUGCAGGGUGCGAACGCUCUGUUCUCACUCCAAACUCAAAUAGCGGUGGGUGAGCGCUGCGUGAUGGCGAUCGCGAGCGGCACGGCCGUGCGGAUCUGUGCACUGCCGCCGCCCACGCCGCCGAGGAUCAAGGCAACAGAAAACGACAAAGAGGCUCUAGAAAUUCAGAAGGCGUUAUGGGACGCGUUCACUGCCAAUAAAGCAGCGAACGGAUACGAUGCUGUUCUUCCUGAGAUGAGCACGAAUGGCGCCCUUACCGAAGCGGACGGUGAGCGAGGAGAUGAGGCGCCUGCGCUGGACCUGUGCGCCGACAAGGACGCUUGUGUUCUGGAACUUGACGAGGCAGAAGAUGUUGAGACCGCGAAAGUGCUGGCCAAGCGACGCCCGCACAUGCAAGUGUUUACCAACAGCUCCAAAGCGCUUCCUGGCGCGCCACCCCAUGCUUUUGCACAGGUGUGGCGAGCUCGCCUUCAGCUCUCGGGGCAGGGCGGCGCGAGCACGGCGGGCGAGCGGCACGUGGCGCGCGCGCUCGACGGCGUCGCGUACAAGCUGCGGCGGCUGCGGCCGUGCGCGCUGCUGGCGCCGCGGAUACAGCUGGAGCUGCCGGAGGAUGAAAUCCAGCUAGUGGUGUCAGGAGCUGCGAUACGCCUGGUGGACCCGAGCAAGGUGGAUCAUAGCGAAAACGGCCACCCCCCGCACCCCGCCGAGGACGAUGAUAUCUUCGCCCUGGAUGAGGAGCAACUAGUGAAGGAAGAAGAGAAGACGGUUGUGCCGGCGAAUGGUCAAGUCCCAACCACGGUGUCUCUGACGUCGCUCUGCUACUGCGCGGGCGCGGGAACCGUGCGGCGCGUGUGCGCGCUGCGGCUGCUGUUUGUGCGCGAGACCACGGCCGUGCGCGAGCUGGGCGGGCUUAGCGGGUUCCUGCACACGUUCACGUGCGAGGUGCUGGCAAUAGCGCGCGCAUACACCGCAGCGUUGGGUGGCAACGCGCUCACUUCAUUCUACAUCACGCAGCUAAUGUUGCAAGACAACGCGCACAAGAACCAGGGUCAAUGUCUUCUAUCCGUUGGCGGUGACGUGGUGCACAUGACAUAUUAAGGUUUAUUAAAUAUACAUUCACUUAUAGUUCUCUUUUUAAUUUUCAAGUCUGUAAUGUAAUAGGUACAUACUACCCAAGUUUUUGAUUUACCACUAAAAUUUACAAAAGAAACCAUUCAUAUAAUUUAAUAUAAAAAAUAUACUGAUUUUUUAAGGUAAUGUAAAAUGUCUCAAAAAAUGUGUUAUUCAUUUGUUUCCGAGUUUUUUUAAAGAUAAUUCAAAAAGUUUGUUUUUAAAGUGGCCAGACUGCAAUAGUUAUAAAUAGCAGUAUGACUUUUUAAAUUCUGACCUAUGUCUUUAAAGACUUUAUUUAGUAUUCGUAACAAUCGAGUACCUAAAUUCUAUAUUUUUACUUCAAUUAGACAAUCAAAUCUGAUUUAAACAAGUCAACACUCGGACAUGUUUCUUUAUUCCUGUCAAUUAAUAGUAAUAGUGUUUCAAAAACUGUGUUAUCUCCUGUCUGAUUGCAUGUCAGUCGCUGUGGGUUUUAAGAAAUUGAGAGAGAGACUGUUAAAGUUAUUAUAAAUCUUUCUUCAGUCGAUGUUGUCUUUUUGUGAACGUAAAAUAAUUAAUAGUAAGAGAGGGGAAAUAUAUUUUCGGUUAUGAAUUAGUACGAAAGUCGGUGACUUGUAGAAAUAACACCGUUUACAAGCAAGUGUGAUGAAAAAUAAAUCUAAAUGUUGCUAGAUUGCGACAUUCUUGUUUUGCCUUGAAAAUUCAUGGCUCUUUAUUUAUGUAGAGAGUCUGUUCCUGCAGAUCGUUUCACCAAAACUGGCACGAAUGAAAUAAACGAAACUUUGAUUGUAUGAGUUACAUCUGUACGGUAAACAGUCGUAAUUGUCAAGAGCUUUCAUUUGGUUAAUUUGUCACACAUACAUGCCUAUUUUCAUUCACUCAUUCAUUCCAUUCGUGUCAGCUCUUGUGAAUUGACGUGUACAUCGAGUUGAGCUAUUUUUAUGAAAUUUCUUACUUAUUUCCAACUUUGUAUAGAGUUUAGAUUAUGUUAUUUAAUUUAAGUGUUAUUUUGAUUAGUAGUUUUAACCGUUUAUUUUACUUUAAUGCUUGCCACAAGUUUUAUAGUUUAUUAAACAUUACCUGAGUCUUUAUGUAUACACUGAAGGCUUGAGAAAUGUAUUAAAAUGACAAUUAGAAUAAUUAACUGAAAAGGAAAUGUAAAGUAACCGGUAUUUUAACAAAUUUAUUUGUAAAAUCCGCUGUGAUUAGAAAUUAUGUUAGUGAAUUUCUAAUAUUUUUUUUACAAUCUCCACCUACUCGUACAUACUUACAAUUCUAUUGGUUUUUCACAGAAUGUUUUGUCGAAUUUUAGGCUGUUGAAUUAACUAUACAAUUGUUUUUUUUUUUACUUUUUGUACUUACCUGUUUUACUGUCUUUGAAGUUUGGUGCUAUUUAUUGUAUUGGUCUGUAUUAUACAAUAGGUACAUAGGAAUAGCCCGACCAAUUGAAUGAGGCGUAUCUUAAAGUUUCGAUCGACUUGUAUAAACUGAAAUAAAUGU